AUGUCAUCAUCAAUUAAGGGGAACCCGUCUGAGUUCAUCGAUUGCUCGAGCGGCUUGAUAUACGAAUUCCCCGCUCGACACCUUCCUUUUCGUUAUCUCUGCCGCAACUACCGUCAAUGUUCUUCUUUCGCCGAUGGCAAAUACUCUCUAGAUGACCUACGCAGCUGGCACCCGCAAGUUCAGCACCAACUUGCGGUCGCUGGUGACCACAUAACUGCCGAGGAGGGAAGAAUCUAUGAACUAGACUUCGAUCCAAUAGAGUAUACAUACUCCCACUGGCCAAAUGCCCUAUUUGCAAGGAGAUUGGAGAGAGUCUCAAAGAGCGGCCCAGAAAAUGUUCUACACAUCAUCGAAUGUAGGAGGUUUCAAACUAGACCAUCGCCUCUCGUGUUGCUCUAUCUAUAUACACAAGAGCGCCACGACGAUAUUUGCGCAACGUCAAUGGUGUCAUUAAUCAUGAUGAACUUGUCCCAAUCGACUUUGGCGAAGUCCCAACCGCAAGGUGACUUCUAA